UCGUGCAGCACUGUGACGUUCCCCCAGGAUUUCUCUAAAAGGACAAUCGAAUCAUACUACUUACUAGCAAUUGUCAAACACAAUGUUGAAUGUCCAUACUAUUGUUAGGGACGAGGAGCUACAGUUGUGAGAGUAUUCAAGCCUAACUGCAGUCAUACUUCAGAGGUCUGCCCCGUUGCAAGACGAGACUGUUUCCAGGCUGCUGAGUGCUGACAUCGCGUAGGGCGGGCCUGGGCAAUGAACGGAUGUCUGGCUGAAGGGACAGUGUGUUUAACACAUGGGUAGAGCCGUGUAGCGGAGCACAGUGGGCAGCUGCACGCCGAGCGGGGAAUUCCCUACCUGUCACACCGCUACCAGUACCCGUCGCUGAUUCGCUGCUGCAGGAAAGUGCUCACAUACAACGGGGGACCUCAGGAAAGCCCAGCACUCUCGCAACAGGACUAGUUGAGCAUCUGUGUUGACUGGUACGUUGACUGUGACUUCAAACAGCACAAACAAGUCCUUAUUGGAGCAAGUCUUUGACAAACAAGUCCUUAUUGGAGCAAGUCUUUGACAAACAAGUCCUUAUUGGGGCAAGUCUUUGACAAACAAGUCCUUAUAGGGACUGGUCUAUUGUGAACAAGUCCUAUUUGGAACAAGCCUGUUACAGGCACGUCUUUAUUGCAACAGUAAAACAUGCCAACGGCAAUGCACCUUUCACGGUACGUAGUGUGCUUGUUCCUGGCGACCCUGCACGCCAUACAGCCUGGCGCCAAUGCCGGUUUGUAUCGUAACGUCACACUGCCGGUCGGGCCGUUCAUCGCCCGUCUGCUGCUGCCGAUGGAGGAGGAGGAAGGCGAUCGCGUCGCCACCGCCGACCAAACUGACAAACAAAACGUCAGUGCUAGUGCAUCUGCAUCAUCAUCAUACACACCGCCGCAGUUAAGCAUCUUCGACGUCGUCACCGGCCGUACGCUGUGGUCGUCGCCGGAGUACACCAGCUUCCUGACGGCCGCCAAGGGCGAGUUCUCGGCCAAGCAGAACUCCGGAUACUUUGUCAUCGAUAACGACAUUCGGGACACGUGUGAGGAGCUGAGCAUCCUUUCGUGGACUAGCGGAGAUUCGAGUACUGCCCGAAUGCACGAUGGCACUGCUCCAAAGGAGGGCGGUGAAACAGAUCCCCACAAUAUGGAACAAAGCAGCAAGGACAGUGUAGACUCAAGCGACACCAAUAGGCAAGACACCGUUGCAGAGAACAUCCCCAGUGAGUCUGAUUAUACGGACGACAGGCAGGGCUCCAGCAGCACUCAUCCAGCACACAGCGCAGAGCAGCUCGCAUCCCGUGUGACACUGUACGGAACGCUGUGCACAAUCCAUCCGGUGGAGGUCACUCUCCAGGCGGUGCAAGUGGAAGAACAUGAUCAGCUGAUAGUGUCGGCCACCAUACUCGGGAUAGGGAAUCCCUACACACACUUGAUGCUGACCUAUGCUAAGGGCGAGAAUGAGCAGUUCUACGGUUUCGGUCACCAGUACACACAGUUUGAUCUGGGAGGGCAGAAGUUCCCCGUCUUCUCGUCGGAGCAGGGUAUUGGACGUGGACGGCAGCCACUCACCAAGGUUUUGAACUCCCUGGAUCCCGGAUCGGGUGGCCAUUGGUACACGUCGUACACGCACGUGCCGUUCUACACGACCAGCGCGCUGCGAGCGCUGCUUCUCGAGUCCACAGAGUAUGUGGAGUUCAACCUGAAGGGCAGCGACCAAGCUGUUAUCGGUCUGGUGAGCCGCAACCUCACCUUCAGACUGUUUGGAGGCUGCAAUAGCAUACCUGAGCUGCUCACAUCCUACACAGCGUACACUGGACGCAUGGCGGAACGCACAGGCACCGGCACGACUCAAGCAGCCGUCCUCGGUCUGGAGGGAGGAACUCGAUCGGUGUUUGACAGAGUGUACAACCUCUUCCAGGACUCGGACGCCCUGUGGCCACGCAUCGACUGUCCAAUCAGUGCCCUCUGGUUGCAGGACUGGACUGGCGAGCGUAACUUCACCGAAGCCGGAGAAUUGCAGCGUGUGGGCCUCUGGUGGGUGUGGGAGGUAGACACAGUGCACUAUCCUAACUUUUCUCAGUUUGUCAAAGACAUGAAGAGUGUGGGCAUCGACGUUCUGAUCUAUUUCAAUCCGAUGAUAACGAAUAUCACCGAGCGUGGCACGCCUUAUGUACACAACUACUACGAGGAGGGACUGGAAAAGGGUUACUUUGUGAGGGACCGAGAGGACAAGGUAUGGCUUGGUUACAACAAAGCGGCACUUGUGGACUUGACGAAUCCAGACGCUGCCAGCUGGAUGGGUAAUAUCAUCGCGACUGGUCUUCUGAGCACUGGGGCGGUGGGACACAUGAACGACUUUGGCGAGGCCCUGCCACUGGACGGCCAUCUUUUCCAUGGUGAUGGCCACACCCUGCACAACCGGUACCCGACUAUGUGGGCCGAACUCAACAAGCAAGUGACGGACCAGUGCGAGAAGGAAACUGGCAAGAGGUAUACCUACUUCAUGCGUAGUGCAGGUGUGUUCACAUCAGCGUACACCACACAUUACUGGAUGGGUGAUCAACUGGUGUCGUGGGACGUCUACGAUGGAAUGAAGUCCGCCAUUGUAGGCAUGCUGAGUGCGGGCAUGUCUGGACACACACUGGUGCACACGGACAUCGGUGGAUAUGCGGACGUUGACAUUGCUGGCGUGAAGUUUUUGCGUACAAAAGAGCUGCUGAUGCGCUGGACCGAGUUAGCCGUGUUCUCCGCCAUGUUUCGUUCUCACCUUGGAACCUUACCCAACACCUGGCAGGUUGACAGCGAUGCUGACACGAUAGAGCAGUUUCUGCGCAUGGCCAUGCUCUUCAAGGGAUUGCAAGCCUAUAGGGACAUUCUAUACGGGGAAGCCAACACGUAUGGCUGGCCGAUGGUGCGCCACAUGGUGUUUGAGCACUGGAACAACACGGCCCUGUGUGACCUGGGCAUUCGCUAUGAACAGUUCAUGUUCGGCUCCGAGAUCCUAGUGGCUCCCGUCACGGAUCCGGGUGUAAGUACGGUCUCGGUUUGGUUGCCGGUGGCGACGAAAUGGGCGGUCCGGGCCAACAACAGCACUCUGGUCACUGGCAAUGACACGUAUGUGAACUUCUCUGCACCCAUGGGCCACCCUUUGUUUCUGCUUCGCUACCCGCCACCAAAGGAAACAUGGGUCGACAACCUAAUGGCUGCCCUGAAGCUCAUCUGGAUGUGAAAUUGACAAAUAGAACUCUAAGCAAAUCUAAAUUUUAUUGGAAAUGAAACAUUCGGGAUUUCCUAUCGUUUGAACUAAUAUUCUUUUUAAAUGUGCACUUGUUUUGAACUCAAAUUAUUUUACAAUGGGCACUGGCUGUGACAAAACUUCUGAACAGAUGCAAGCUCACUUUCUAUCAAAUUUUAGUAGGUUCUGAUGCUCAUAAAAAAACCCUUUGUUAGGUUCAUUUGCUCCAACCUACAGAGCAACUGAUAUUUGUCUGCAUUGAAGAUCUAGCACAUCGUCGUGCAGAUACAUGCACUUCAAAUUAGGACGUAUUCUACGAUUUCUCACUCGAUAUAUGCCGCUGUUUUGGCCUGGGCACUUUCCUCGCUUCCUUUGCUUGGACAGCGGAUCUAUGAAUGCUACAUGACAAUAGGAUCGGAUUGAGUUUCCUCAGCAUUAGUUAAGGGCAUAGGUAUUAGGACGGCCAAGCUCCCCACACUCCUGAAUAGCUAUUUAUUUCUAUUAAAUCUAAUUAUUAUUAUCUGCAGCUUCAGAAGAACCGGAUGAAUGAUAUCUGACUCUUUGUGAAGAAAUUGUAUUUUUAGGUUCCCCGACACAGAGCACUACGCAUCAUUUGUUGUAGUUGGGUUGUGUGUAAUUAUAGCUCUAUUUGAAUGAAUAUUGAGCACUCUAACGAGCCGGAGCACUCUUGUAUUUUUAGGUUCCUGUCAUUGUUUCUAGACCUGUAUGAACGAAUUUGUUUCCAGAAACUUGCUUGCCUUCAA